AUGAAAUCACAACCAAACCAAGAUAAUGCAACAGCCACAAAGAAACGUAAAUUAAAACAAUCUACUCUCACCUCAUCCAGCUCAGCAAUUGUUGAAUCCGAAAAGUCUUCAACAACCAGCACAACUCCUUUGAGGCAAACUGGAACUGGUCUUCAUCUCGACUCGUGGCCGUAUAAUCUCUGGGGUAAAUUGAAUAGAAAGUAUGAGUAUGAGAAAUUGGAUAGAUUUAGACCUUUCCAGUCCAUGUUGUGUCUUUCGGAUGGAGAUUUGGAUAAGAGUAAGGAGGAAGGUAGUUUGGAGAUUAUUCCUGGAUUUCCAACAGUUUCGGCUGAUGGUUAUUUUGAAGCUUGUGAUGAAAAGUUUAGGGAAGGAGAGUCGAUGAGGAAGAAAUCACCUUGGGUGAGUCCGUAUCAUGUGAAAUUUGUUGAGAAUGAUAAAGAGGAUAGUCCAUUAUUCGAAUUAAUACGAAAGGUCAAGCGAGUACCUAAAAAUUGGUCUCCACCAUCUAAGGAAGUGACUAGAUUAGAAAUUGAUUCAGAUCAAGAUCAAGUCGACCAAUAUAUCAAGUAUUUGAAAGAGAUAGCCAAGGAACACGAUAAGAUUCCAUACGAACCCAUUCAAAGAGGUGAUUACAUCUUUUUUGAUAUUCGAAUGCCACAUCAGAAUUCAAAAUUCAACUAUAUGAGCUAUCCCAGAUGUGUUUUCUAUCAUGCAUUCGAAAUGGCUCAUCCAAUCAAUAUGAAAACAGUCGAAUCUUUACGUGUGAAGAGAAAAACCUUUGAAACUCCAAACGAUUUCAGUUCAGAAUUCCAAUUAGAAAAGAAAUUCAUGGAUCCAAACAAUCCAGAACAUUUAAUUCCGCUCACUCCACUCGGAGAAUGUCUAUUCAGGGAGAAGAAUCAUUCUCAGACCUUAUUCUCAAAGAAUACUAAUGAAGAUCCAUCAUCUCAAUUUGAUGAAAUGUAUAACAAGCAUUCGCAACUUGUCACUCAAAGACAUUUGGAAUUCUUUCACAGAUAUGGAUAUGUUGUGAUUGAGAAUGCAAUUUCAAAAGAUGUUUGCAAUCAAUUACUGAACGAGCUGGGAGAAUAUUCAAAGAAGGCAGGAUGUGGUUUACCAGUUGAGUCAAUCAUUAAAAAGCAAAAGCUUUCAGCAAGACCGAGUAAGGAGGAAUUUAGAAAUAUCUCUGGACCAUUUGGAUCAAUGAUUGAGUACUUUUAUCUUCCCACUCAGCAACGAUUGAGAAUGAAUGAAGCUCUGUAUUGUGCUACUGUAAAGUUGUUGGCCAAUACUUGGUGUUGUAAUUUAGAAGUUUCUACUCAGUUCCAAGAAGGAUCCAUUCCUAAAUGGAAAUAUCAGUGUCCAAUUGAGAAGCAGUUGGAUCCAAGGAAGUUAUGGACCUAUGUUGAUAGAAUGAAUUUCAGAUUUCCGAACAAACUUAAAUAAUCAAUAUCUACAACAAUCCAACUAUAUUCCAAAAAGAAAAUAAACUCCAAAUUUGU